AUGAAGUCGUCGUCCGCCACUUUCAGUGGACUGCAGAUUAUGGUGUCGGUUGCGCAAACGACUGCAACGGCUGUUGUGCGGCGGCGGGGAAGGACUCGCUUGCGCUGGCUGUGGGUGCAGGCGCAGGUGCAGUGGCACAAGGCAUGCACCUGCUGUGACGCGUGGUGCCGGUGGUGCCGAUGGUGGUGGCUGGGUCACCAGCGUACCCGCCACUUAUCCUACCCGCACGGCUAUGGCGAACAGGAGGAGUGCAGGUGCUCAGUGACGAGGUGCCUGGCACUUGUGCUGGCAGUCGUGGUCCUGCUUCCUGUCCUGCUGUUCGCUGUCCCGCACCUGGUGUUGCCGACACCUGGCGGCGGCGACGGUAUUGGCGGCGACGGUAUUGGCGGCGACGGUAUUGGCGGCGACGGUAUUGGCGGCGACGGUAUUGGCGGCGACGGUAUUGGCGGCGAAGGAAUGACUCACAUUAAGGGGCAGUACCAGCCUCAAGAGGAUCAACCACAGGCUGACCUGUAUCAUAGCCAGGCCUUUCUGCGCAACACCCUACAAGCCGGAUCAUCCAUUUUCUGCUCAAACACAUCUGACGUCAACCAUCGCCGAUGCCACCUGCAGAACGUGUGCUAUCGCACCACCAGCGACGGUGAGCAACAGUUUCUCUUCUUUCACGGACCGGAUACAAUCCUUGAAAACGUUCCUCAAGAUCGAUAUAGCCCAGCCCUUGCAUCGCUGUCAUCUGUCAUGGACCACAACGUGCAAUUCUUCAACUACAUUGACUUUCAAGCGCGCAACUUUGAAUUUGAGCACCACCACAUAUCCAUGAUCACCGAGCCGGCCCUCCUCUUUCGGCGAUUCAAACCAGACAACAUCAUGCACGUGCUGCACGACGACCUGCUGCCUCUCUUCUUCACACUGCGCAGCGAGUUCGGUGCUGCUGCCGAAAACAGGGCGUUGCUCGUGUGUGCAGAUGAGUUUUCCACGUCCCUCUCCACACAGCGCCUGUAUGAGCUGUUGACACAGCGCGACAUCCUCUACCUUCAACACCUUCAACAAGACCCAGCCCAGCUCACCUGCUUUAGUUCCCUUCGCGUUGGCAUCUCCAAGCGCACUACGUGGUAUGACUAUGGCUUCGAGCAUCCUCAAGGACCACUCCCGAGCAAAGACGUUGAUGGCAGGGAUUUGCGUGUGUUCGCCCGCUUCCUCAUAUCCAAGCUUGAGCAGCUUGCUCCUGCUGCUGCUUCUUCUUCUUCGCAAGUUUCUUCAUCUUCUGUGUCACCGCCAGCCAUCCGCCCACAGUCGCCUAUUGCCGUGUUUUCGCGCACGCGAAAUCGUUUCAUCUUGAACGAGGCGAAGCUGAUCCGAACGCUGCGCGCGGCAUUUCACGUGCCCGUCGUUGUUGUGCGCAUGGAGACACAUACUUUUGAGGAGCAAGUGGCCAUUCUGUCCACCUGUCGUGCAGCCAUUGGCAUGCACGGCUCCAUGAUGAUCAUGGGAAUGUUUCUUCCGCCAGGCGCGCUCCUUCUGGAGUUGUUUCCAUUUGCAGUUCCGCCCGAACACUACACGCCAUAUCGCACCAUGGCCCAGCUCCCAGGCCUGGAUCUGGUGUAUGUGCAUUGGGUCAACACGAUUGAGGCCAACAGCGUUGCCCACCCCGAUCGCCCGGCGCAUCUCGGCGGCAUUGCACACCUUCCGCCAAGCCAGCAGGAGGAGAUUCGUGAAACCAUGUCGAUUCCUCAGCACACGUGCUGCAUGAACCCCUUUUGGCUGUAUCGCAUCUACCAGGACACCUUUGUAGACAUCUAUGAUGUGAUGCAGCUCCUGCAAGAUCACAUGCUGCCUCCACCCAGCGCGGGGCGGCCACUCGACACCGUUCGUCUCCUUGAUGCACAUCCACACCAGCCGCGUGAUAUUGCCUGUUCAUUCGAGAUGCUCCGCGUCGAACAUAAUGAACCCACUGAAGCCCUCGUGGUAGCGUGGACGCCGCCGAUCAACGCGGAUGACGUGCGUGUCAGCCACUAUGAAGUGUGGGUGCAGGAGCUGCUGCGCGUCUUCCAGACAUCAGACCCCUUUAUUGCCAUUGAUGCAGCCGCUGUGUUGUCACUGCCAGCGCAGACGAUAUGGGUGCGGGCUGUGUCGGUGCACGGAACCCACAAUGGCCCGUUCGCUCCUCCAAUCACCUGCAGCCGGAGCGAGGCGUGACUUUCGCCGGUACAGCGCAGCUUUGUCCGUGUGUUUGGUCACACGAGCACACGCCCAUGCAGGAUAGUUACUCGGCCACUUGGUUAUGAUCCGAAUAAAUUAGGUUAACAAGUGGCUUG